GUGCGUUUUGUUUAAUACCUAUUUGACUUUAAUAAGUGAUUGUUGUACCGCUUAAAGUGUCCCUCGUUGCGCCACUCCAACCGCGCAUUCUCCGAUUCUCCGAUAUUGUGAUUCUGAUUCUGAUUCUGAUUCUCCGGUCCUACGGUUCGAUUCUCGGAUUCUCGACGGAUCAUCGGGUGUGUGGUGGUUUUCUGGCGGCGAUUCCAUGUUUCCCGGUUUGUUCCAUUGGCAGUACGCCAACGCCAGCUGGCCACUUUCGACGUGGAGUCGCUAAAAAAUAAAAAAUAAAACAUUCGAUCGCAGCGAUAUCGCGGCUGCUAGAACGAGAGAGAGACUGAGUGUUGCCAAUCGGAGCAAGCGAGAUAGAGGGCCCCAAAACGGACGGACGCUCUCUUUUAACGGACAGAUUGUUUUUAGCCGACGACGUUUUUAUGGCUUAUUGAAAUCGGCCAGAGGCAGUCAAAAAGCGCGCGCUACGCCUGCCACAACCUUCCCAAUUUGAUCCGGCUUCUAUAUCUCUCGGCUAUAUAUCGGAAAAUGUAGCUCUCGAUCGAGUGCAGUUGACUAAUAAUAUCCCAAUAAAUCACGCCUCCAACGUCCAACGCCUAAUUGCCGUACACAGUGUACACAGCCAAUUAAAAAGUGAUCGCGCAUUAAAAACCGAUUCGAGUGCAAAUUGUAAUUCGUCGACAAAUAGUUAAUUAAAUAAUUCAUUAAAUGUGAAACCCGCACGUCUACUUAACCACCGCCAACACCCCCGCCCAAUUUCAAGCAACAUUUUUUGAUUUUUUUUGGUUCAGUUUGUGUUACUGUAACACUGUUACACUUUUUCGGCUGCCAUUUUCCACGAUUUUUCCGACGGUUCAGAUUUUCCGCACGCGAGAGCCUUAAUUAUGAGCAAUUAUAAUCCGAAUUGCGGUUACUUCGAGGAUUGCAGCUACUACACGAACAACGUGUACCAACAGGAUUAUUGCAUGCAGCCGGAUUACGAGUACAACAAGCAUGUUUACGACUUGUUUGAUGCGAAGGUGCCAUCGUCGCAGCGUUCUGGCUUCCACAUAUCGGACAUCCUGAAUCUGGAGGGAUCUGAGCUGAAGAAUGCCGCUGCUGCCGCCGCCGCUGCCGUCCAACAUGGUAGUGAUUUGAGUCACCACUCGGCCAGCGAGUCCACCAAUGGACAUGGCGGUCAGGGACCGCAUGCCACGCCCUCGGCACUCUCGCCCACGCCCGCCGGCGGUUCGGUGGACGAGCACCACAAUGGCAGCGGGACGGGAUCGGGAUCGGGGUCGGGAUCGGGAGCGGAUCACCACAGCACCACCGAGCACCAGCCGCCGAGUCACCCACAACAGCACCCGCAUUCGCACCACCACCAGCAGCAGCAUCAGCAGCAGCAGCACCAUCACCACCUCCACCAGCAGAAUGCGCACCACCAGCAGGCGGUGGCUCCACUGGCACCACUAGCGCACCACCAGAGUGGCGAUGCCCAGAGCCACGCCCACGCCAACGCAGCCGCCGCCCACCUGCUGGCCAGCCACAAUGCAGCAGCGGCUGCAGCGGUGGCCGCCGGCCAAUACCUGCCCAAUCUGCCCAAGAACUUCCCGGGAAGCUUUGGCGACGAGAUGUCCUCGUACCACCACAUGGCCCAGACCAUGCUCCAGCACUCGGGCAGGAGUGCGUGGAUCAAGGAGAACGAGCUAUACGGAACCCAGCAGCCAGCCAGUCCGGAUAGCACUUCCCCAGUUACCUCGGAGGUGUCGUACACCUACAUUGGUUCCAAUUGCCAGACAUCGCCAGCACUUUCUGGGGACUACAAGAGCUAUAGCCGAUCGGCGGAUAGCGAUGCCCUGUCCGUGGGCGAUGCCCUGCAUACCCUGCAUGGAGGAGCAGCGGCUCCGGGCGCCGGUGGUGGUCCAUCGGCGGCACAUGCUCUUCACAAUAACAACAACAACACGACGAACAACAAUAACAACAACAACAGCCUGAAACACGACGGGAUGAAUGGUGCAAGUAGUGGCCACGAUGAUAGCCUAAACGAGGACGGCAUCGAGGAGGAUAUCGAUGAUGUGGACGAUGCCGAUGGCAGUGGCGGUGGCGGAGGCAAUGGCGCCGACGGUCUGCCCAACAAGAAGCGAAAGCGAAGGGUUCUCUUUACCAAAGCUCAAACCUAUGAACUGGAGCGACGAUUCCGGCAACAAAGGUACUUGAGUGCCCCGGAACGCGAACAUCUGGCCAGCCUAAUCCGACUGACGCCGACGCAGGUUAAGAUCUGGUUCCAGAAUCAUCGCUACAAGACGAAGCGGGCGCAGAACGAGAAGGGCUACGAGGGACAUCCGGGAUUGCUGCACGGUCAUGCCACCCAUCCGCAUCAUCCAAGUGCAUUGCCAUCACCGCGACGCGUGGCAGUACCGGUGCUGGUGAGGAACGGGAAGCCCUGCCUGGGCGAUGGCUCCAAAUUGGGUGCCGACUGUGUGUCCGUCUCCUCAGCCACUGCCACGGCCAUGCAAAAUGUCGCCGCCGCGCACCAUUUGGUGGCCCUUAACGGUGCGGCCGCCUAUCAACAUGCCGCUGCCGCAGCCGCCGGCCUUCACGCCCACGCCCAUGUCCACGCCCAUGCCCAUGCCCACGCCCAUCCGCAUGCCCACGCCCAGCGGGCGGCCUGGUGGCCCUAAUAUUGCUAGGAUCUGAUCUGAUCUGAUCUGAUCUGAUCUGAUCUGAUCUGAUCUUCACGGGCCUGGAGCCACUCGAAUAGGUGGAUAGACGAACCCUUGGUGCAAUACAACAGAGGCCAGGCCCCCCAAAAGAUCCCCGAAGAAGCCAAAAAAAUAAAAAAAAAAAAACGUGGAAACAAUUUAAAUAAAAUGAUACAUAAGUAAACCACAAUUAGUUCGUAGUCUCACAGAUUCCUUCUUGAGUCAGUCCUGUACAUAAGUUAGGCCCAAAAUAUAAAUAUACACUAAAACUAAAAAAAGCCCCAAGACCUGAGCUCAAGAGCUAAUAGGUACACUUAGUCAGGGGUCACCUCUAUAUAAACAUAAAACCCAUUCCUGAAUAUAACACAAAUGCCCUUGAUAAGUGAGACUAGAAUAAUUGAACUUCCUAACAUUGAACUAAAUUAACAUUAUAUUAGUCUCUCCUGUCAGGGGCAUAAAAUCCAACAUUUUUACUGCACUAAAGUUGAUAAUACUUAUAAAAUCUAGCAGUAGACAACAUUUUUUUUUUAUUUUUUUUCUAGAACUUAGUAAAAAAAAAAAACCAAUGGAAAAUUUUGUAAAUAUUUAAAAAAAUAAGAAAGUAAGUUAAUCCCAAACGAAAAACUUAUUAAUGCAAUGCAACUAAAUCUGUACUAUAGAUAUAUUAUAUUAAAAUCAAACGUAAUUAGUGUUCAAAUUUUUUAGACAGAAUUUAAUGACCAUUUUUUUUUUUGUAUCAAUACAUAUAUAUAUAUAUAUAUAAUAUAGACACUUAGUCCUAACCGAUAUUUUUUUUCGUGUGUGUGCGUGUAUAGCGAGAAAAGAAAACUCUUUGAAUUUAUAGCAAGUAAUGAGUUCAUAAAUGUUAACAAAAGACAAGGACGACAGGACGCAGACAGAGACAGAGACAGAGACAAGGACAGCAAAUGUAUUCAAGACAGAAAGCAAAGCGAAACAACACUAAAAACUGCAAAAUACAUUUUAGAGAUUUAAUAAAAACCAUUUACAAAAAUUCAAAUU